CCGCUCCCGUCCCUCCUCUCCCGGCAUCCAGACAUGCCGUUCUCGGCGCCGCCGCCUGCCAGCGGCGAGCCCUACGUGCUGUCCGCCAGCCUGGACAACGCGCGGCACCUCUCCAGCCUCCUGCGGGCCGUGCACUUCCAGGACCACGCCACGUGCUUCGCCACGGCCAGCGGGCUACGCGUGACCGUGGAGGAUGCCAAGUGCAUCCAGGCCAACGCCUUCAUCCAGGCAGAAAUUUUUCAGGAAUUUGCUGUUCAGGAGGAAUCAGUGAUGUUCCGGGUCAAUUUGUCUGUUCUUCUUGACUGCCUAACCAUUUUUGGAACCAGCUCUUUGCCAGGAACAUCAACGGCCCUUAGGAUGUGUUAUCGUGGUUAUGGUUAUCCCCUGAUGCUGUUCUUGGAAGAAGGGGGAGUAGUGACAGUGUGCAAAAUUAACACCCAAGAACCUGAGGAGUUGUUAGAUUUUGAUUUCUGCAGUACGAAGGUGGUUAAUAAAAUCAUCCUGCAGUCAGAGGGGCUACGAGAAGCAUUUGCUGAACUGGAUAUGACCAGUGAAGUUCUGCAGAUUACCAUGUCUCCAGAUAAACCCUACUUCAGGUUAUCCACUUUUGGAAAUGCUGGAAGUGCACAUCUGGACUAUCCUAGGGACUCUGAUUUGAUGGAAGCAUUCCACUGUAACCAGACUCAGACAAACAGGUACAAGAUUUCUUUACUUAAACCAUCUACAAAGGCACUGGCCUUAUCUUGUAAAGUGUCCAUUCGAACAGAUGCUCAAGGAUUUCUUUCACUUCAGUAUAUGAUCAGGAAUGAAGAUGGACAGAUCUGUUUUGUGGAAUACUAUUGUUGCCCUGAUGAGAAUAUUACUGAAGCGGAACUGUAGAUGUAUGUGCUGGCCUCUGUAAUAUAUUUUUUUAUUAUAUAAAGUAUGAUUUUUUUUUACUAAUUAAAUGAAAGCUGUAAAGUUUGAUAGACUUAAUAUUGUCCUUUUUUUUUAACUCUGGAAUAAGAAAUCUGAAGACUUUAAUUUUCUUCCCUUCCAUUUCUUAGCUUGACUCAAAAAAACUGACUCCGAAAAAGCAAAAAGUGGAGUUGAUCUCCUGCAGGCACUGGUUGCAGCACAGAUGUUGAAGUAGUGUUUGCUGGUUUUUACAAUGUUCUCCAAGAAUUUUUGUUUCUGUUUUGUUUUUUGUCUUUGGCUUGUAGUAAGCAAUUACACAAGGGAAAAUCUGAAUACUAGCUGUAUAUUAGCCAGUUAACUUUCAGUGACUUAAAACCAAAUUUGUCUUAAAAGAGGAUAACAUUUUCAAACUGAUUUCUUAAUAGCAGCAGGUGGUUUCUUUCUGGCAAAUGCUGACAUGUUUUGUCAGUGAGGCUUCUCCUCAUCUUGAGUAAUUCUUAAUAUAACUCAGUUCCUUGGAAUUUCCUCGAUACCAAUUUACCAUGUAGUCUGCAGUACUGGUGUUGAAUUGGUAAAUUGAUACAGAAGCCAAGAUUUACUUACUCAUUACUCACAACUGUUCUGGCAACAUCAUUGUUUAUUGGAUCAGUAAUUUAUUACACAUCUGCAAGAAUGCUGCUGCUGAAAUGUUUCUGUAUGUACAUGACCCUGUUCCUACCCUGCUACUCUCUAGUAGUGCUGUUAAAAACCAUAAGAAGAGAGAAAAGUUUCAUAUUUAAAAUGAUUUAUGAAAUUUGUUUAUCUUCUCAGUAGCUUUUUCAGCAACAGGAGGCACUCGUAAACUGGAGUUUCUACACCCUUAGACUGUGGUCAAGUUUUGUUGUUUGUCAGAUGUGGUCCUGCUUUGCAGCUAUGGGAAACAGUACAUUUGUGUGUUACCAGGUGGAUUGCUCCACAAUCCAACAGAAUCCAAGUCCUUUGGGAUUAUUUUAACUUUAAAAUACUUCUGUUUGCCGUUUUUCACAUCUUCCUUAUGUCAGCAAGAGUAUACUUUCAGAGUGCACAUUGUUAGCAGCUCAGUUUUGUGGUCUUCCAUGCAAAUCGUCUGUUUAUUGCAAUAAAUUUUACAUUUGAAAAACAAUUACAAAUUUUUGAACUACAGGGCUGAUAAAGAUA